UAAAAGCACAAAACAGGCGCCCGAAGCACACAGCCAAGAAAAAUUAUGGAGAACAAACCCAGAAAACGCGGCCGAAAACCCAAGAAAAUCCCGGCUACAGAAACCAUGGACUUUCAAUUCACCACCAAUGUGCCCCAAAACGACAACGUUUCCCUCCCCUCCAUCGCCACCACCACCACCGCUGCUACAGAAACCCCUAGCACUGGCGCUAGUCCUUCUCCUGGUCGUGGCCGCGGAAGACCAAGAAAAACUGGAAAACACACGGAAAAAUCGGAACCGAAGUCCCCAGAACGGAGGCUGACGCGCCACGGAGAGCAGAACGGAGAAUUCUAUGUGCCCGCUGCGGAGAUUAGGCAUAAUAAUAUGAUGGGGGUGGUUGCAGCGGCGGAGUGGGAGAGCGUGGUGAAAGUGGUGCCGGCAAUGGAUGCGGUGGUGAAGGUGUUCUGCGUUCACACUGAACCUAAUUUUUCAUUGCCAUGGCAGCGGAAAAGGCAGUAUAGUUCGAGUAGUAGUGGGUUUAUUAUUGGGGGAAGGAGAGUGUUGACAAAUGCGCAUUCGGUCGAGCAUCACACUCAGGUUAAGCUGAAAAAACGAGGGUCUGAUACGAAGUAUCUGGCUACUGUGUUGGCUAUUGGCACCGAGUGCGAUAUUGCAUUAUUGACAGUUAAUGAUGAUGAAUUUUGGGAGGGAGUUACUCCUGUUGAGUUUGGAGAUCUGCCUGCCCUUCAAGAUGCUGUUACUGUUGUGGGUUACCCAAUUGGGGGCGAUACAAUCUCUGUGACAAGUGGUGUUGUCUCACGAAUAGAGAUACUAUCUUAUGCCCAUGGAUCAACUGAACUUUUGGGGUUGCAGAUAGAUGCAGCCAUAAACUCUGGAAAUUCUGGGGGCCCUGCCUUUAAUGAGAAGGGCAAAUGUGUUGGUAUUGCAUUUCAAUCUCUGAAACAUGAAGAUGUGGAGAAUAUUGGCUAUGUUAUACCCACACCAGUUAUAGCACAUUUUAUUUGUGAUUAUGAGAAGCAUGGGGCCUAUACAGGCUUUCCAGUUCUUGGAGUUGAGUGGCAGAAGAUGGAAAAUCCUGAUUUGCGUAUGUCAAUGGGGAUGGGGCCUGAUAUGAAGGGUGUACGCAUUAGAAGAAUUGAACCAACAGCGCCAGAAUCCCAUGUUUUGAGGCCCUCUGAUGUUAUCCUGAGUUUUGACGGGGUUAAAAUUGCUAAUGAUGGAACAAUCCCAUUCAGGCAUGGAGAGCGAAUUAGUUUCAGUUACCUUGUUUCUCAAAAGUACACUGGGGACAAAGCUGUGGUGAAAGUUCUCCGCAAUUCAGAGAUACUUGAAUUCAACAUAAAACUUGCAACUCACAAACGGUUGAUCCCAGCACAUAUCAAGGGCAAACCUCCUUCUUAUUAUAUUAUUGCUGGAUUUGUUUUUACUGCUGUAUCUGUUCCAUAUCUGCGUUCUGAGUAUGGAAAGGACUAUGAAUUUGAUGCUCCAGUCAAACUAUUGGACAAGCAUUUACAUGCAAUGGCACAAUCUGUAGAUGAACAGGUGGUUGUUGUUUCACAGGUUCUUGUGGCUGACAUUAAUAUUGGAUAUGAAGAAAUUGUCAACACUCAGGUUCUGGCUUUCAAUGGCCAGCCUGUGAAGAAUCUGAAGAACUUGGCUGACAUGGUGGAGAGCUGUGAUGAUGAAUUUUUGAAGUUUGACCUAGAAUACCAGCAGAUAGUGGUCCUACACACCAAAAAUGCCAACGCAGCAACUUUAGAUAUCCUUGCAACACAUUGUAUACCUUCUGCAAUGUCUCAUGAUCUUAAGACUUGAGAAAAAAAUAAGUCCGUAGGCGGCAAAUAUUCCAAUUUUGAAACACGACAGUACAUGAUAUUCAGUAAUUUCUCGCUUUCAUA